UUUUCUUCUUUUUUUUCCCCCUCUUCUCUUCCUUGUUAUUUCGCCUGUGAAAUCAUCUCGUCAGGGAUGCGCUGUUGUUGAAUUCAAGAUGGAAGAAAGCAUGAAAAAGGCUGCAGAGGUUUUGAACAAACAUAGCCUUGGUGGAAGACCAUUGAAAGUGAAAGAAGAUCCUGAUGGUGAGCAUGCGAGGAGAGCAAUGCAGAAGGUCAUGGCAGCAGCUGGUGGAAUGGGUAUUGGUCCAGGCCCAGGUGGCCCUGGAAUGAUCAAUAUCCCACCUAGUAUACUGAACAAUCCCAACAUACCCAACGAGAUCAUUCAUGCCUUACAGGCAGGGAGAUUAGGAAGCACUGUAUUUGUUGCAAAUUUGGAUUACAAAGUUGGUUGGAAGAAACUGAAAGAAGUAUUCAGCAUGGCUGGUGUUGUGGUUCGGGCAGACAUACUAGAAGAUAAAGAUGGCAAAAGUCGUGGAAUUGGCACUGUCACUUUUGAGCAAGCUAUAGAGGCUGUUCAGGCUAUAUCAAUGUUCAAUGGCCAGCUGCUGUUUGACAGACCAAUGCAUGUAAAAAUGGAUGAACGAGCUUUUCCAAAGGGAGACUUCUUUCCUCCAGAGCGACCUCAACAACUUCCUCAUGGUCUUGGUGGUAUUGGCAUGGGAUUAGGACCUGGAGGUCAACCUAUUGAUGCAAAUCAUUUAAACAAAGGCAUGGGAAUGGGCAACAUGGGACCUGGAGGAAUGGGAAUGGAAGGCAUGGGCUUUGGAAUGAAUAAAAUGGGAGGAAUGGAAGGUCCUUUUGGUGGCAUGGAAAACAUUGGUCGCUUUCCAGCUGGAAUGAACAUGGGCAGAAUGAGCGAGAUGGAUCGUGCAAUGGGUGGAGGAUUUGAGAGAGAAUUUGGAAGAAAUGAAAUGGGAAUGUCCCGUAGUUUUGGAGAAACCUUGGAGAGAGGAAUAGGUGGUGGAAAUGCCAGCAUUCCUGGGAUUGAGAGGAUGGCACCUGGCAUUGAUCGUAUGGGCUCGGGAAUAGAAAGAAUACCUUCCGGGAUGGGGCACGGGAUGGAGAGAGUAGGGUCAGAAAUAGACAGGAUGGGUCUUGUUUUGGAUCGCAUGAGUUCCAAUGUGGACCGAAUGGGUUCAGGAAUUGAUCGAAUGGCCCCUCUGGGCAUAGAUCACAUUGCUCCUAACAUUGAGAGGAUGGGCCCAGCUAUUGAGAGAAUGGGUUCUGGCAUAGAAAGAAUGGGUUCUGGAAUAGGCUUUGGUAUUGAGAGAAUGGGUGCUGCCAUUGAUCGUGUCGGUACCACUAUGGACAGAAUGGGAUCAGGUGUAGAACGUAUGGGUUCUGGCAUGGAUAGAAUGGGUAUAGGUAUGGAGCGUAUGGUCCCUGCUGGAAUGGGAACUGGAAUGGGUCAGGUCAUAGAGAGAAUGCCAGCUGGUUUGGAUCGCAUAGGUGCCACUCCUAUGGAAAGAAUAGGAAUAGAUCGCAUGGGUGCUGCUAGCAUGGAGAGAAUGGGCUUGGAGCGCAUUGGAGCCACUAAUAUGGAAAGAAUGGGUCCUGCUAUGGGACAGGGCAUGGGAGCAGGCAUAGAUCGAAUGGGACUUGCAAUGGGAAGCAAUUUUGAAAGAACAAUGGAUAUGGAACGUGGAAACUUUGCAGGCAAUUUUGCAGGCUCCCUUGGAGGAACUGGAGGACCUGCAGCUGGGGUGGCCAGAAAAGCCUGUCAGAUAUUUGUGAGAAAUCUGCCUUUUGAUUUUACAUGGAAAAUGUUGAAAGAUAAAUUUAAUGAAUGUGGUCAUGUGCUGUAUGCUGAUAUCAAGAUGGAGAAUGGGAAGUCUAAAGGAUGUGGUGUGGUUAGAUUUGAGUCCCCAGAAGUAGCUGAGCGAGCCUGCCGUAUGAUGAAUGGGAUACAGCUUCGUGGGAGGGAGAUUGAUGUGCGAAUUGAUAGAAAUGCUUAAGUAGUUGCCUUUUUAAGACUUAUACCAGAUUUUUGUUGAAUUUGUAUUUUUCUUGUUAACCAUUUUAAUUUGACUGGAUGUAAAGGUGUUAAAACAAUUCAGUUGCUUUCUGGAGUAAUUUUAAUUACUUUUUUAACAAAUGGAUUUCCAUUUUACUGUUUUUGCAUUGAAACUGCAAUGUGCACAAUCUUUUUUUGUAGUUGUGGCAUCUUGUUGACAUUACAGAUGUAAACAGUAUGACUUUGAUAAUAAAUGCAAGUUAAAGCUUUCAGUCAUUGCAUCUGUUACUGGCAGCACAUCUUAUGCUUGCAAAAAUACCUGUAAUCUGAGCUCAGUAACUAGAACUUGUAUUUCCUGUGAAGUGUCAAGAAGGAAUGUUCGUCUCGGUUGUCAGUUUAUGACGGUAUGAAUCAGUCUUUAAAAUGAUAACUUGCAUAUUAGCAGUAGUAUUUGAAUGUCUUCAGGGUAUGAGGGACUUCUCUUCCUGUAUUAAGAUGUAGUAGAUUAGCAUUAUUCUAGCAAAAGAACUGGAGUUGGUCACUUAAAUUUUUCUCCAGUGGCAAGGCUGGUUGUUAGAAAAAAAAAAAAAGACAAAAAAAAAUCCUGCUUGUCAGUUGCCUCAGAGCCAUUCUGAAGGCCUGAACUGAAAACAGAUUAAAAACACACGUUCUUUCUAAUGUGGACCAUUUCAGCAGAGGCAAUGCACACUGUUUUGUCAGUUCCAGUGAGGGGCAAAGUACAGUCUGUAAGUGGGAAACAGCUGCUGCAGGUGAAGAGAAAAGAUGGGAUUUUAUACCUGCAACAAGUACAGUUUUAAUGUCCAGCUACAGAAAUUAAAAUUGAUUGGAGGGGGGAGUUCUCUUGGUGGGAGAGCUGAAAUUUUAUACUAAAGACACAGUUUCUUGCCCUUUCCUCUGUUUGAGGUCUGCAAAAGUUCCAAGACUAACUUCUAGUUACAGUAACAGGAAAUGAAUAAAGGAAAUGAAUAAAUGUUCUCCUUAAUGGCCUUGAUUCUAUCUGCAGUACUCUGCUGCCUGAGAGACACAAGGACUGCUUAUUAAAUUCAUGAACAGGCUUUGUUGCAUAAAGACGUCAUCCAAGCUGUAUCCCAGUCAGAAAGGAUAGACAUUUGAAGUGUUAAUCUAGUGCAAUAGGCUGAAGUUUAACAAAGUUUUCUUCCGGUGAAAGGUCUCCUGGCUUGUUUCUGAGAUGAGUGCUCUGUGAUACCUAAUGACUGAAUUGUGCUGCAAAGGCUGGAGUGGUGUGGGAGGUCUUAAAUGUGGAAAAUUCAUUGAACUAGAUACUGGAACAAUUUUUACAGCUACACUGUGCCGGGGAGGAAGGAAAGAAAAAGCCUGGUAACUGGCAGCUUUUGGUCUCCUUAAGAACUCUUUUCUCCACUUUGCCCCUGCAGUAAGUUUCAUGAAAACUUACUGUUCAAGAAUGUCUUCUCUACACUUCAGGGUUCUGAGUUACAGCUUCACCUUGCCAUUCUUACUCAAGAAAAGGCAGCAUAAGAGUUUCCCACCUUUUCCAACAGUGCAUUCUCUCCCCAGUAUAUUUCCCCUUGGUUGUACUGAUAGAAGUAUUUGUGGGGUAAAACUGUUGAAUCAAGAGACUCGUUUGUAAUUCACUGAGAUUUUACAUUAUACAUCAUUAAUGAACAGUUUCCUCUCACACAGCUGUACUGCUGAAAGGUAAACGUAGCAGAGAAGUGUAGGAACAACAAACCAGCUUUGCUACUGCAGAAAAUGUAAACGAUAAACUGUAUGUUGAGUAGGUAAUGAUCACUACACGAUGAGCUGCUACAAGAAGAGGAGAAGGAAUAGUGGCUGGAAAAACUUUUGAGGAGAAUCUCAGGAUGCUGCUGACAUUCCGGAGUGGUAUGCUGGAGAGAACAUGUGCAGACACUUCACUUGAUACUUUGUACUUUAGAGGAAAAAAAAAAUACUGCAUUUUACUUCAUAAUAAAAGAGAUGUUAGUUAAA